AUGGAAGAAAUGAUCAUUCUGAAUGAAACCACAGGGAGCUGGGUGACUGAAUUCAUUCUCAUCGGCAUCACAAACCGUCCCGAGUUGCAGGUCCCCCUUUUUGUUGUGUUUUUCCUCAACUACAUGGUAAUAGUUGUGGGGAACCUGGGCCUCAUCAUCCUAACCAGUGCUGAUUCCCACCUCCAAACCCCCAUGUACUUUUUCCUCAGGCAUCUGGCAUUUGUUGAUCUUGGCUAUUCCACAGCUAUUGGGCCAAAAAUGCUAGUUGGAUUCAUAGAGGAGCAAAAUAUCAUUUCUUAUAAUGGAUGUGCCAUACAGCUAGUUUUCUUUGUGGUCUUUAUUACUAGUGAGCUUUUUAUUCUAUCAGCCAUGGCCUAUGAUCGCUAUGUUGCUAUCUGUAAGCCCCUCUACUAUAUGAUCAUUGUGUCAGACAGGAUAUGUUGGCUCUUGGUAGCUAUGUCAUACCUAUAUAGCACCAUGGUAUCCUUGCUGGUCACAGUAAAGCUUUUUACAUCAUCCUUCUGUAGAUCAAAUGUAGUAAGACACUUCUACUGUGAUGGUCUCCCCCUAUUGUACAUUACAUGCUCGGACACCAGUGAGAUUGAAUUAAUCAUUAUGAUUUUUGCGGCAUUUAACUUUGUUUCUUCCCUCCUGAUUAUCCUUACCUCCUACAUGUUCAUUAUUGUUGCCAUCUUCAGGAUGAACUCUGCUGAGGGCAGGCACAAAGCCUUCUCCACCUCUGGCUCUCACCUCACAGGGGUGGUUAUAUUCUAUGGGACACUUCUCUUCAUGUAUCUACAGUCCCAAUCUAGCCAUUCCUUUGAUACAGACAAAAUGGCCUCUGUGUUUUACACUCUGGUCAUCCCCAUGCUCAACCCUUUGAUCUACAGCUUGAGAAACAAAGAGGUAAAAGAUGCCUUGAGGAGGCUUUUUAAAAAAUUAUGUAAGCCAUCUCUUUAA